GAUGUUUACCUUCGUUUUUUGAAGUGAUAAAACAGGUCCGGCAGUGCUUGGCGUUCCCGCAAGGCGGCCCUCUGUAGCCACGGCGAAAUUGACGAAAUUCAACAAAAUCGACGGCGGAUGACUCGAAUGAAUGGCAAGAAACGGUAAAAGGAAGUCACCCACGGCAAGCGAGGCAGUGCCAGCAGUGCACCGUAAGCCGGCUGCGGCGGUUUACAGUCGAAUCUCGUUUCAAAGCCGCAGCAGAUAAAAAAAUCAAUUUUGGGGAGCCCGUAGCUAAAACUCUUGACGUCGGUCCUCGAGUCCCUGCAAGAAUGCACUGGAUCGUCGGCGUCUUGUUCCUGCUUUAUGCGUUUGUGGACGUCAACUAUUUAAUUUGGUACAUAAUUUUGAUCACUGCUUACGCACUGAAAUGGAGGAAGACUGCGCGCUGCUCCCUUCUCGAACCGGACUGUUACACUGGGAUCUCGUUUCCAAGCGACAUGGACCACCUGUGGCACAUGAACAACGCCAAGUACCCCCGUGCAUUUGAGUACGCAAGGGCGGUGUUUGGUCUCAAGAGCGAGCUGUUGAUCACGGCGAGGCAGCUCGGCACAACGAUGGUGAUGACCUCCCAGAUGAUACGAUACCGGAAACCGCUAACCGUCUUCCAAUGGUACCGGAUCACCACAAAGGUCGUCUUCAUCGAGGGCAGGGACAUCUACGUAGAGCAGCAGCUAGCAACUACGAGCGACAACUUUGUCCACGGAACAUGCAUGGUGAAGCUCACCAUGACCAAGGGAACGGUCGAAGACGUCCUCAAGGCCAUGAACUUGGACCCUUCGGUCUGCCCGAAGGAGGUGCCCGUCGAAGUCCGUCACUUCAUUGCCUACAACGAGGCCAACAGCUCCCGGCUAAACCCUGCUAAGGCUAAAGAAAGCUGAGCUUGCUUUUGCGAGCCGGUUUUACUGGCACAGCCUUACUUAGACCUUUCUGAGAUGCACGUCUAUUUUCACGUGCGGCAGCAGAGGCGCGAACAGUCGUUUGAUGGGCGUUUCUUUUUCGUCGGCAUAGUGGUAUAGGUAUAACGGUAUAGCUUCUCCCAUAAAGCUCUCUUGGUCGCCAUGAUUUGCAGUUUCCUCCUCUCGUAUGUUACCCUCUGCUGAAAUGGAAGAGGGGGAGGGCUUUGAGGAGGUGCUUGUUGUCCUAUUUACUUGCAGACUUGCAACGGAUUAUAGUGGAUCACUGUUCAGUACACCUAAGGACAGAGGGAUAUGAAAACCGGUUUUCAAGGAUGGGGAUGUAUUUACUUUAUCGGAUUUCUCUAGGAGGUGUGGGGGAGGGGGGGAGGAAGGAAGAGAAGGGGGGGGUUGCUUAGUGCCGUCAUUUUAUUCAGUUUUAUUUUGAUGUUACGACUUAAUCUUCAGCUAUGUGUUAAGUGUAGACGAGACCUUAAAUAGUAUGUGAAGUAAACAUAAGGGGCUCUAUUAAUUUGAGAACUGUGGCAUUCAAGGGACAUACCUAAGUGGUGCCAAAGAUGGGAAAAAUAGCGAGAACAUUUAAAAUAAAUGUUAACGCAAUUUGUUAAGAUUUUACCGAAAACUAAGAUGAAACAGGGAUCCGUGGUGAUUUUAUCAUUUGCUACCUGCAGAAGGUGCUAUAGCAUUUUGUCGGUCACCCGUUAAUAUUUCAAAACAGAAGUCCAGUUGAGUGGAGCAUGUUAACUGGGUCACCACUGCCAUUAUGGGACAAACGAUCUCAACUCUUGGUUGUUUUGACUAGGAUGUUACAUGCUGAAGGAUGAAAGUUGUUCUUCCUUUUAACAAAAAGGUCGGAUGGGUGGAUGUUAACCCUUUAAGGUGGCCCCGCAAUCAUAUUUAAGUGUGUACCUUUUCUGCGUUUUCCGCGUCUCUUGGGGUUUGGGCAAGCCAGCGGGCACGGAGAGAGUAAUUAAAUAUCAGUGCGUCAUAUUUUAACGGGACGACGCGGAAACUUCCUCUACCGACAGGGGCAACCCGCGGUGCCGAAAGCGCGCGAUAUGUGACGUCCUUGGUCCUGGGCUUACU